CCUAUCACAUGUCGAGUGGACAUUUGCCCUUGAGUCAGAGGAUGGACGAGUGGACAUUUGCCCUUGGAUCUCCCAUAUGACUCCAUUAACUUCCAACUCAUCGAUAUCAUGGCCCCACGAAUGAAGCAAACGCAGCCUCAGCCCAAGACAGAGGCUACCACCAAGACCCGCGCGCCGAAUUGGCCUCCUUUGACUCCUGUCAUACCGGCGGCGCAUCUUUCCAUGGAGACGGUCUUAGCAGGACAAAUUGUGAUUAUCCGAAAUCUAUUCACCUCCGCGCUAUGCAGGAACUACGUAUCUUUUCUGUCUACAUUACCCUUGACUACGACGCCGGGAAAGCCUAAGCGUGGAGAGGCAGUCCGGGUCAAUGACCGCUUCCAAGUCGACGAUCCUGCUUUUGCGAACAGACUCUGGGAGGCAAGUGGGCUCAAGUAUCUAGUGGAGAUGAAUGAAGAUGAAACGACCUUCGAUGGCAAGGUUCUCGGCUUGAACCCAAACAUCCGAGUCUACAGGUAUCGACCUGGUCAGUUCUUUGAUAGACACUAUGAUGAGAGUAAUAAAUUACAGUUUGGCGAAGGCAAGGUACCGGCCAAAACGACGUGGACUCUGCUGAUCUACCUCACAACCUGCGAAGGUGGCGAGACUGCCUUCUACCCAGAGGCUCUCAAGAAGGGUGGGAGACCACCUAACCCAAUAGUGGUCCCUCUCGAGACCGGUAUGGCACUCCUUCACAAGCAUGGCGAUGAUUGUCUGUUCCACGAGGGAAAAGAAGUCCGAAGUGGAGAGAAAUGGGUGCUGAGAAGCGAUCUCGUCGUAGCCAGGUGACGCUGGUGGUGUUGCUGAUACAACUUAGUUGGAUGAUGUCGAUGAUCAUGCACAAGGCUGCUCGGACUCAUCGUUUCAGGUGCUCGGCGUCGGUCUCUGAGAUUGUGUCCUCUUUAGCGUUGGCCAGCAUCGUGUCGAUACCCUUGUCCUUGAGGACUUUCUACAGGCCAGUUAGGUUUGAUCCCUCAGAGGUCAGGAAUGGCGCACGGUUAAGCAAGAUUUGUAUUGCUUGAAGAGUGGUUCGCAUUCGUCGGUGGAUG